AUGGAUGGCACUGAGCCGCCCCUCGCUGGGCGUUGCGGCGGCGCCCGCCGCCUGUGGUCACUCUCAGCCCGCGACUUGGCGAGCAUCGGAUUUGCAAAUGACCGUGUAGGAAGCCAGUGGCCCUCGGCAGCCCGGUCCGGUGUCGGGCGGUGGGGUCGACGCUGCCCGCUGCAUCUCGGAGCCGGCUGGAGCCACUGCAUUCCCGGAGCCGGUGUUCGGACGUUCACUCCGUUUUAUUUCCUCGUGGAGCCAGUGGACACACUCUCCGUCAGAGGCUCAUCUGUCAUAUUAAACUGCUCUGCGUAUUCUGAACCGCUUCCGAAAAUCGAAUGGAAAAAAGAUGGGACGUUCUUGAACUUAGUGUCAGAUGAUCGACGCCAGCUUCUCCCAGACGGGUCUUUAUUUAUCAGCAACGUGGUGCAUUCCAAGCACAAUAAACCCGAUGAAGGUUAUUACCAGUGCGUGGCCACUGUUGAGAGCCUUGGGACUAUUGUGAGCAGAACAGCCAAGCUCACGGUAGCAGGUCUUCCAAGAUUUAUCAGCCAGCCAGAGCCUUCCUCAGCUUACGCUGGAAACAGUGCCGUCCUGAAUUGCGAAGUGAAUGCAGAUUUGGCCCCCUUCGUGAGGUGGGAACAGGACAGACAGCCCCUUCUUCUGGAUGACAGAGUCGCCAAGCUUCCUAGCGGGGCACUGGUCAUCAGCAACGUGACCGAGGCAGACGGGGGCCUUUACCGCUGCGUGGUCGACAGCGGCGGCGGGCCACCCAAGUUCAGUGACGAAGCGGAACUGAAGGUUCUUGCAGAUCCUGAGGUGCCGUCAGACUUGGUGUUUCUGAAGCAGCCGCCUUCCUUGGUCAGAGCCGUUGGUCAGAGCGUGGUGUUGCCUUGUGUUGCCUCGGGACUGCCUGCUCCCAGCAUCAGAUGGUUGAAAAAUGAGGAGGCACUCGACACAGACAGUUCUGAGAGACUGGUCCUCCUGGCAGGGGGUAGCCUGGAGAUCAGUGAAGUCACUCAGGACGAUGCCGGGACUUACUCCUGCGUAGCGGGCAGUGGCAACGAGACGAUCGAAGCUCAGGCGGAGCUCACAGUACAAGCUCCCCCCGAGUUCCUCAAGCGACCGGCCAGUCUGUAUGCUCACGAGUCCAUGGAUAUCGUGUUCGAGUGUGAAGUGACUGGGAAACCAGCUCCAACUGUGAAGUGGGUCAAAAAUGGGGACGUGGUGAUCCCAAGUGAUUACUUCAAGAUUGUAAAGGAACACAACCUGCAGGUUUUAGGGCUGGUGAAGUCGGAUGAAGGGUUCUAUCAGUGCAUUGCUGAGAACGAUGUUGGGAACGCGCAGGCUGGAGCCCAGCUGGUCAUCCUGGAGCAUGCGCCAGCCACGACGGGACCACUGCCCUCGGCUCCUCGGGAUGUCGUGGCCUCCCUGGUCUCGACCCGCUUUAUCAAGCUGACGUGGCGGACGCCUGCGUCGGACCCUCAGGGAGACAGCCUCACCUACUCUGUGUUCUACACCAAGGAGGGGACUGCUCGGGAGCGUGUUGAAAAUACCAGUCGCCCAGGAGAGAUGCAAGUAACCAUUCAGAACCUAAUGCCAGCGACGGUGUACAUCUUCAGAGUCACGGCUCAAAACAGGCAUGGCUCUGGCGAGAGUUCGGCCCCGCUGCGUGUGGAAACGCAGCCUGAAGUCCAGCUCCCUGGCCCAGCACCUAACAUCCGAGCGUACGCGACGUCCCCUACCUCCAUCACUGUCACCUGGGAGACGCCGUUGUCUGGCAAUGGAGAGAUUCAGAACUACAAAUUGUACUACCUGGAAAAGGGGACGGACAAGGAACAGGACAUCGACGUUUCAAGUCACUCCUACACCCUUAACGGGCUGAAAAAGCAUACCGAGUACACCUUCCGAGUGGUGGCCUACAAUAAGCACGGCCCCGGGGUGUCCACGCAGGACGUCACUGUGCGGACCCUGUCAGACGUUCCCAGUGCUGCUCCUCAGAAUCUGUCUUUAGAAGUGAGAAACUCAAAGAGCAUCGUGGUUCACUGGCAGCCCCCUCCCCCAGCCACACAGAACGGGCUCAUCUCUGGCUACAAGAUUCGCUACCGAAAGGCUUCCCGAAAGAGUGAUGUGACCGAGACCUUGGUAGUGGGAACGCAGCUGUCUCAGCUGAUUGAAGGUCUCGAUCGGGGUACUGAAUAUAACUUCCGAGUGGCUGCUCUAACGAUCAACGGUACAGGCCCGGCGACUGACUGGCUCUCUGCUGAAACCUUUGAAAGUGACUUGGAUGAAACCCGUGUUCCCGAGGUACCCAGCUCUCUUCAUGUCCGCCCCCUCGUAACUAGCAUCGUCGUGAGCUGGACGCCGCCUGAGAACCAGAACAUUGUGGUCAGAGGCUAUGCCAUCGGGUAUGGCAUUGGCAGUCCCCACGCCCAGACCAUCAAGGUGGACUAUAAACAGCGCUAUUACACCAUCGAGAAUCUCGACCCGAGCUCGCACUAUGUGAUCACGCUGAAAGCGUUCAACCACGUGGGCGAAGGCAUCCCCCUGUACGAGAGUGCCGUGACCAGGCCUCACACAGACACUUCUGAGGUUGAUUUAUUUGUUGUUAAUGCUCCAUACACCCCAGUGCCAGAUCCCACCCCCAUGAUGCCUCCCGUGGGAGUUCAGGCUUCCAUCCUGAGUCAUGACACCGUCAGGGUCACGUGGGCAGACAACUCGCUGCCCAAACACCAGAAGAUCACCGACUCCCGCUACUACACGGUGCGGUGGAAAACCAACAUCCCGGCAAACACCAAGUACAAGAAUGCAAAUGCGACAACUUUGAGUUACCUGGUGACUGGUUUAAAACCAAACACCCUGUACGAAUUCUCUGUGAUGGUGACCAAAGGUCGAAGGUCAAGCACGUGGAGUAUGACAGCCCAUGGAACCACCUUUGAGUUGGUUCCUACUUCUCCGCCCAAGGAUGUGACCGUUGUGAGUAAGGAGGGCAAACCCAGAACCAUAAUUGUGAACUGGCAGCCUCCUUCGGAAGCCAACGGCAAAAUUACAGGUUACAUCAUCUAUUACAGCACGGACGUGAAUGCCGAGAUCCACGACUGGGUCAUUGAACCCGUCGUGGGGAACAGGCUGACUCACCAGAUCCAGGAGCUGACGCUCGACACGCCGUACUACUUCAAGAUCCAGGCCCGCAACUCCAAGGGCAUGGGGCCCAUGUCUGAGGCCGUCCAGUUCAGGACCCCUAAAGCGGACUCCUCUGAUAAAAUGCCCAAUGACCAAGCCUCAGGGUCUGCGGGAAAAGGAAGCCGGCUGCCAGACCUGGGAUCCGACUACAAGCCUCCAGUGAGCGGCAGCAACAGCCCUCACGGGAGCCCCACCUCCCCGCUGGACAGCAGCGUGCUGCUGGUGCUCAUCGUCUCCGUGGGCGUCGUCACCAUCGUGGCGGUCGUGGUCGUCGCCGUCUUCUGCACGCGGCGCACCACCUCUCACCAGAAGAAGAAACGCGCUGCCUGCAAAUCCGUGAACGGCUCCCACAAGUACAAAGGGAACGCCAAGGACGUGAAGCCCCCGGACCUGUGGAUCCACCACGAAAGGCUGGAGCUGAAGCCCAUCGCCAAGUCUCCAGACCCCAACCCCAUCAUGACGGACACGCCGAUUCCUCGGCACUCGCAGGACACCACGCCGGCGGGCACGUCCUCGGACGGCAGCACCCACCAGAGGCGGAAUUCCUACCGAGGGCACGAGUCAGAGGACAGCAUGUCUACACUGGCUGGAAGGCGGAGCAUGAGACCAAAAAUGAUGAUGCCGUUUGACUCCCAGCCGCCCCAGCCCGUGAUUAGUGCUCAUCCCAUCCAUUCCCUCGAUAACCCUCACCAUCAUUUCCACUCCAGCAGCCUCGCUUCCGCAGCCCGCAGCCACCUCCACCACCCAGGCAGCCCAUGGCCCGUGGCCACAUCCAUGUCCCUUUCAGACAGGGCCAAUUCCACAGAGUCCGUGCGCAACACACCCAGCACCGACACCAUGCCAGCCUCCUCGUCCCAGACGUGCUGUGCCGACCACCAGGACCCGGAAGGUGCUACCAGCUCCUCCUACUUGGCCAGCUCCCAAGAGGAGGAUUCGGGCCAGGGUCUUCCCACGGCCCACGUCCGCCCUUCCCACCCGCUGAAGAGCUUCGCGGUGCCGGCAGUCCCGCCGCCGGGGCCCCCCACCUAUGAUCCCGCGUUGCCAAGCACACCGUUACUGUCCCAGCAAGCUCUGAACCACCACCUUCACGCCGUGAAGACGGCCUCCAUCGGGACUCUGGGAAGGAGCCGGCCUCCUAUGCCCGUGGUGGUUCCCAGUGCCCCCGAGGUGCAGGAGACCACCCGGAUGCUGGAAGACUCCGAGAGUAGCUACGAACCAGAUGAGCUGACCAAAGAGAUGGCCCACCUGGAAGGACUCAUGAAGGACCUGAACGCUAUCACGACCGCGUGACGGCCCUCGCCAGGGCGCGACUCGGAGCCCGGGUCAGAGGUCGUGGGCGGAGCCUUGGCAACGAGGACUUGUACAGAGCACGAGGGGCAGCACGGGACGUGGCUAGCGCAGAGCAGCGGGGCAGCCUCCGCGGGGGCCGGCUCCAGGCCUGGCCGCCGCCUUCCCUGGUCGGCCUGGAGGACGCCUUCCCUCUGCCUGCUGACACCCGCAGGACUGGGCACCAUGGGCCAAAAUUCUGUGUCCGGGGCAAAGGCGAGGAAUGCAGCCUGCGUUUCUCUUUGCUCAGGCCGCGUCUCGGUGCUGUGACUGUCACCCGUGUGGCGUGUAGACAUUGGCGUUCAUGUAUGAUUGUAUUUUAUUUUACCUUCGAGAAAAGAGAAGCUAUCGAAAACCCAAGGACGUCCGUGGUGUUCUCCGCAGUGGUUGGCAUUUGACUGCUUAUUCCAGUUCUGUAUGGAAAGUCUUUGACAGUGGGGUUGUUCCAAGGGGUGGGCUGGUUUUUGGUUGUUUUCUGUUUUUAAGCCGAGUCAGUGCAUCCUCCGCCAGCUGUUAACCCAUCCCUUGGAGGGGCGCAAAUGUUGCGUUGCUGUUGGUAAACUGUUUCGUUAUUUUUUUAUCCUAAUUAUUAAAGGCCUGUCUUUCUCCUCCACCACUGUGAGGCCGCAGAGCUGGCGGCGAAGCGCGGCUCCUCCGAGAAGGCUUGUUCGUUGCUUCCUGUGCAGUUUCGUGUUGGGGGCGGGUGGGGUGGGAUGGGAGGCGGAGGCAGCCGAGGCGCCGGGCCGCCCCGCCCCGGCUGGGCUGUGCUUUCUGUCGGGAGCCAGCAGAGGAUGGACGCGUCGCGACGGGCUUUCCUGGCAUGUCCCUCUCGGUUGUCGCCACAUCGCAAGUGCAGUCUCAUUUUGCAUCUGGUUUAAAAUCCUGCGUGCAAUAGGGGGCUGGAGGUUGAGCCGCUUUUGAGCGCCCCCUCCUGGAGGUCAGAGUGAGGCGGGAGGGAGGCCCCUUCCUGCUGCCAGCGCUCGUCCCAGAGGGGAGGUGGAGGCUGAGGGGUGCACCCCCACCCUCUCGCGGCCUGCUCCCUCCCCGCGGCGUUGAGAGCCUCGCUCUCCAGGGUGGGCGGCCGGCUCCAGCCAGGCGCUCAGCAGAGCCGGCAGUGAGGUGUGGCGGCUUCCCCGUGGGUGAAGCAGCCCCGGUACCCAAAGUGACACACAGGCCUGGCCUUCGGGAGGCUGCCUCUGGUCCCCGGGACGGCGUGCGGGGCUUAGAAGAAAUCCGCGGCUCUGAGCACCCCCAGGGGCCUCGUGCAGGCCCCCGCCUUCGGACGCGGGUUCCCGGGUCUCGUCACACCUCAUUUUCUGCGAGGGGCACUCUUGUGUUUAUUGCUUUGGGGCCACGAAGAGUGCGAUGCCGGCGUCCUCACUGCACGCCCCCCGGUCCCGGAUCCUGGAGACCCCGGGGCCGCAGCCCUGGAGCCACAGGCCUGCCCGGCGCCCACCUCGCCUCUGCCCAAAGAACACGCUCAGUAUUGGAGGCGCCCCCUCCGUGCCCCCCACUGUUACCUCAGGGCCUCGGGACCUGGAUACUGCCGCAGAGUGGGGGUGGGGCGGGGUGGGGGUGGGAACCUAUUUUUAAAUAACUGUUCAAAGCUGGGGAUUUUUUUAAACUAAGAAAAAGGAAACCUAUUCUGUAUUGCACCUUUUCACAAUUUAAUACAUUUUCUUAACAUUUUCCUGUGACUUUUGGAACUAAACCAUCGCGUGUCUUGUGCUGUCCCGGUCGGUCGCGCUGCCUCAGCCGCUGCCUGGGGGCCGCGGGGUCCUUGCCUCGCUGCCUGUGGACGGGGCGCGGGGCGUCGGGACGCGUUUCUAUACACACUUGUUUGGCCUUUUCUGUAGUUGAUGCUGUAAACUCUAUGGCUUUUAAAAAAAGAGAGAAUUUCAUGUUUUUAUUUAGUAUUGGAAAUCCAAUACACUUUUUUUAAUCCAGUCGAA